AUGGGGGUCGCGUACGUCAUUUACGUGUCGUGCAUCGCCGAGGUCGGUGGCAAAGUGCCCGGCGGCUCGUACGGCUUGGCACGAGCCGUCCUCGGCUUCUACCCUGGGUACCUCCUCAGCUGCCUCGAAUUCCUCGAGUACACGUCGUACGCGUCCGUGUCGGUGGUAUACGUGACGGACUUUGUCACGACCCAUCUCAAGAUGAACAGCGAGUACCAGCCGCUCGUGUGGCUGCUCUUCUACGCGAUCUGCAUCGGGUUUUUGGACUCGCGCGGCAAGUACAUGUGGCGCUGCAUGCUCGUGCUGCUUGUGGCGAGCCUCUUGCCUGGCGUCCUCUUCAUCUUUGGGUCGUUGCCAUACGUGAACUUCAAGAAGAACGCAAUCCUGCACAACUUUGACAAUGGCGAAACGACGUGGGCGACCGGGACAAUCUCGACGGCGUUCUUCGCUAUCUUGCCGUCGACAACGGUCGGAUUCGCCGGCGUCGAGAGUCCGACCGUCAACACGGGCUUUGUCAAGGACCCGGCCGUGAACAUACCAAAAGGCACGCGGGCCGCCGUGUGGACGCUGCUCGCGUCCAACAUUGCGAUGGUGCUGGUUCUCGCUUCUGUCUCAAUCGCGGGUUGUACUUGGGCAUGGGGUUCACGUCGCGCACGGCGGAAUGGAUCUUGA